CCCACAGCCAUCCUCGGUCAAAUUUCAAUUUUACACGAGUUACAUACGGCUCCUACAUUGUAUAUUUUAUUUAAUCAGCAUAUUAUUUUUCCUUAGUUUACAUUCUGUAUUCUCUUUUUGUAGCUUCUACUCGCCGAGCGUCGUCAGUCAGAGCUUUGCAUUCACUUUCGACGCCUCGAAAUUUAAAAAAUUUUAAACGUAAAAAUAUUGUAAUAGUUUUAAGUGAAAUAAAUUUGUUUUUAAAAAAUCGUACAUCGCGUACUGAUUUGUAACUCACGGAAUAAAUAUAUUUUUAUUGCAUUUUUCCUUUCCCGCUUCGGCCCUAACAGGUACCGACGGUACCGUUGCCUAUACUUGCGACGCUGUGCAGUAACAUUGUUGCCAUAUUAGCCGAUUUUCGUCUCCCUAUGGCUCGCGGCAAAGACUGGCGGUUCGGAAUCGCAAUCGACGCGUCACUGAAUACUCCUUUGCCGUGGCAUCCGGGCGCACGCACGCGAUCGCGAUCUGUCAGUCGACUGGCGGACCGGCUGAUGAUCUGUAUUAGAUUAGUCAUAUAGGUUAGAUCUGCCCCAGUCAAUACCAUCCAGCAGUGAAGGAAAUGUCGAAGAUAGAAGAACACCUCCUCAAAGUCCAUCCACACCGUCCAGCAAUGAAGCAGAUGCUCAGGAUGAAAGUACUUCUCCUUGAGGUCAACCUCCACCAGAUGCUGCACCAAAACUAAGGAUAAAACUUGGUCCAAACCCUUCGUGUACCCUUCUGGAUCAAUGAAUCUGGAAACCAAAAGAGAGGAAGUGUCACGAACUGCAGAGGCGGCGCUGCCACGCCAGCCGUGCUGUCAGUCGACUGGCGGACCGGCUCAUGAUAUGUAUUAGUCAUAUGUUAUAUAUGUGGUUCUGUUAUAAAAUAUAUUUAAGUUAUCGUUA